AUGGUACAAAAUAUAAUUGUUUUUUUGUUUGUGGGUAAAGAAGAACAAAGCAGAGGAGUGAUGAUAUCAGGUGGAGGAAGAUCAUGUUCAACAUCGUCAUGGGUACCAACAACGUCGGUGUCGGCAUCGGGAAAGAGGAUUCAGAGGGAAAUGGUUGAACUCAACAAUGACCCUCCUCCUGAUUGCUCUGCUGGCCCCAAGGGUGAUAAUCUCUAUCAUUGGAUUGCCACUAUUAUUGGUACCCCAGGAACACCAUACCAAGGUGGCAUAUUUUUCCUUGACAUAAUAUUUCCAAGUGAUUAUCCCUUCAAGCCUCCAGAGGUUGUAGAUUUAUACAAGAAGAAAAGUGUAUAA